GGAGGAGUGGGAGGGCUGUGCGCUUCACGGCGCAUGCGCAGUCCGGGAGGCGGCUCCAGCCCUGCUCCGAGCGGCAGCGGUGAGGCUGGGUCCGUGUGUCCCGGGCAGGCACCGACUGCACCCGGGUACGCGGCACCGGCACCGCCGUGUCCGCCGCCCCUUUCUCCCACCCCCACCCCGCGGCUCUGGGUCACCCCGCGGGCAGCCUGUACCGGGCCGCUCCCGCCUCCUGGUCAGGCAGUGUCAGCACCGCCGCAGCCGAUUGGUGGGGACAGCUCCGCGCGCGCGGAGAGGUGAUGCGUGCCUGCUGGCUCGUGGGGAAGGAGAAAUGCAGCCAGAGAGUGAAACUGCCACACUUGGAAGCAGUGGUGAUUGGGCGUGGCCCAGAAACUGGGAUAACAGAUAGGAAGUGUUCAAGGCAGCAAGUUCAGUUAAAAGCAGACUGUAACAAGGGGUAUGUCACAGUUAAGCAGAUAGGAGUCAACCCAACUAGUGUUGAUCUCGUGAAUAUUGGGAAGAAUGAAGAGGUGAUAAUGAAGCCAGGCCAAGUUCUGCAUGUUGUGAACAAACUUUUCCCCUACACGGUGCAAUUUAUUGAAGAGUCCGGGAAAACUGUUAAAGAGGCAGAAGAGAAAAUACAGACCUACAAGAUGCCAUGUGGGGACUCCUCUGAAAAUGAUGAUGAUGUAGAGCUUGUUCCCAGGAAAAAACCGAAAAUGGAGGUGGUGGAUACCCAAGGCACUUAUGGAAACCCCAAGCUAAGUGGCACUGGUGGAUCUGCAUCUGAAGGGUCUUCAAGAAACAAGGAAUAUGUAGGACACUGGAGUCAGGGUCUAAAGAGCUCCAUGCAAGAUCCAAAAAUGCAGGUUUACAAAGAUGAAAAGACUGUAGUCAUCAAGGAUAAAUACCCCAAAGCACGUUACCACUGGCUUGUCUUACCAUGGGAUCCCAUUUCAAGCCUGAAGUCAGUCACCAAGGACCAUCUUGAACUCCUGGAACAUAUGCAUUCAGUUGGGCAAAAAAUGAUUGAACAGUGUCCUUCCAGAGGGAGCCUGGAGUUCAGACUGGGUUACCAUGCUAUCCCCAGUAUGAGUCAGCUACACUUGCAUGUAAUCAGCCAGGAUUUUGAUUCUCCAUCCCUGAAAACCAAAAAGCACUGGAACUCAUUUACUACAGACUACUUCUUAAACUCUCAAGAUGUGAUAGAGAUGGUACGAAGCAAUGGAAGAGUGAUGGUGAAAGAUCAUGUCUCUGAACUUCUCAAAUUGCCCCUCAGAUGUCAUCAUUGCAGACAACAGUUGUCCACUAUCCCACAGUUAAAAGAGCAUCUCAAGAGACAUUGGCCAAGAUAACCUAAAAAAAAAAAUCACCUCAGAAUCUGUCUUCAGGUUUCAGGCUAAAAGAAAGAUCUCAAAAUGUUAGUGGGCAUCUGUAGUUUUUGUUAAAGGGAAUGACAUUUGUGAUACAGGAAAAAGUAGUCAGGAAACAGUGACGUAAUAGCUUGGAGAAGAAAACCUCCAAAAACAUAAAAAUAAAGUGAAUUCUGAAAUAGUAAGUGUGCUUGCAGUUUUAUUGUGGUACUGUCACACUAAUCUGUAUGAAGUCUGGAAGAAGCACUGUGGAUGAAUUAUUUUAAUUCAGCAGCUGAGGUGUUGAACCCAGUUCUAGCUUUCUACUGUGAAAAAAAAAAAGGAAAUAAACGAUGAUUUAGAG